AUGUGCACGGCAGAUAUCGCGGGCAGGAGCCCGCCACGUGGUGAUGGCGGAAAUCAAGGCAAUACCGCUAUAGAAGACCGCGAUAACAUUGCUGCCGACGAGAUCACGGACGAUAAUGAUUCCGCUACUAGCCAAAGUGUUGCUUCAUCUAGCACAAGCCUGUCGAGCUCGAUAUUUGAUUACCGCUUAGAAAAUGGCAGGACUUAUCACAAGUACAAAGACGGGAACCUACAGCAUAACAUGUUCAUCAGAACUUUCGGGAAUCGACUGGGCACAGCGCCUCCCAAUGAUCCCGGAUCCAAAGUUGGCCGAGUAUUGGAUGUCGGCACAGGAACAGGAAUUUGGGCGAUGGAGUUCGGAGAUGAACACCCUGAAGCUGAGGUCCUCGGCAUUGAUUUGUCUCCUGCCCAACCAGAGUUUGUACCUCCGAAUGUCCGCUUUGAGAUCGACGAUUUAGAGGAGCGCUGGACGUACUCUCGGCCUUUUGACUACAUCCAUAGCCGUGUACUCGACUCUUGCAUCAAUGAUUGGAAAGCAUACUUCCAACAAAGUUUCGAUCAUCUGAACCCAGGCGGUUAUCUCGAAAUCCAGGAAAUCGACGCCGAGCCCCGAUCUGACGACGGCACCUUAAAAGACUAUUCAUCCCUGAUGAAGAGUCUGCGGCUACUGAAGGAUGCGGCAGAAUUUUUCCAACGCCCCUUCAAAGAUAUCAAGUCGCUGGCUGAUAUCAUGGCCGAGGUCGGCUUUGAGGAUAUCCACUUGGAACGAUAUAAGUGGCCAUCGAAUUCAUGGCCAAAGGACAGGAAUUACAAAGAUCUCGGCAUGUGGACCUAUGAGAAUCUGGCUAUGAAUUGGGAGGCAUUCCUUAUGGCACCUUUGACCCGGGCUCUGAGUUGGACAAAAGAAGAGGUGAUGGUACUUGCUAUGGAAGCACGGAGAGAUCUUGGUGACAAAAGUAUCCAUGCCUACUUCACGGUUUGGGCAAUCCACGGUCGAAAGCCAUUGAAGGCCGAGUCGACUGAAGAAGCAACCACUGGUUGA